AUGUCCAAAGCAAAAUACAUGUACAAAAUUAUUUUUGUUGGAGAUUCGACUUGUGGGAAAACCGCCUUUAUCCAACAAUAUGUCAAUAAUUAUUUUACAAAUACUUACAAAUCAACUUUAGGAGUAGAUUUCUCGUACAAAGAAUAUGAUUACGACGAAAAUACUUGUUUUAAUUUGCAAUUUUGGGAUAUUGCCGGUCAAGAAAGAUUCGGAACAAUGACAUCGGUAUUCUAUAGAGAUGCUGUCGUAGCGGUCGUCAUGUAUGAUGUGACAAACCCAAACACAUUCGAUCACACAAAAGAUUGGAAAUUAGAUAUUGAUUCAAAGGUAUUUCUUCCAGCACUUCAUGAAAACGAGUCUGAUGAUAUUCCAAUUCCAUGCAUUCUUGUGGGCAAUAAGAUUGAUUUACCCAAGAAUGAUAAACUUAACUUCAAACCAUCUCAAUUAGACGAGUAUUGCGCCAACCAUAAUUUCGCAGGAUGGGUUGAAAUUUCAGUGAAAGAAAAAACAAACAUGGAUAAGGCUGUCAAAAUGAUUGUAGAACAAGUAUUGAAUUUUCAUCAAAAGGUUAUCCAAUAUUCAAGUGACAACAAGGAUACAGGAGGUGAUUCUGGUAUCAUUAAUAUUGACAAACUUGUUAAGGACAUGCCAAAGACAGAAGAUGGGCUCAAUGGUGACAGUAAAAAGAAAGGAUGUCAAAAUUCCACUGGUUGUUGUGGAGGGAAGUGA